GGCACGGGGGCUGGGGGUGUCGGAUGGGCACUGAGGGGAGGCUGCUUCGCCAAGGUCAGCCUCGUGGGAGGCCUGCAGCCCUUCCAGGCCCUGGGAAGGAGGAGGAGGAGGAAGGGAACUCGAAGUCCCUGCCAGCCAGCCUGGGCUCCCAUUAUCUCUUUGCUUCUCCCUGUAAACCGAACCCAACAAGAUAGGGGCAUCCCCACACCCUUUCUUCAAUGGAGAAACCAAGACCCAGAGAGGGCAAACAGCUGGUUUGAGGACACACAGCCAGUGAGCACAGGCCUGGAUGGCUACCCCAACCUGAGAUGGGGGGCAUAGUGUGGGCAAACAGUGCCUCCUCGUUGGGCCUCAGUUUCCCCACAUUCGUGAGAUGGGAACAUUGAGCUGGAGGCAGCCAGGGAACUCUGAGGUGAGGAGAGGCAAGAGAAGGCUGCCUGAUCCACAAGGAUGUGAACGGUUGGUUAGGUGAGGGCUGGGGCUGAGCCAGGCCAGAGUUCCAGCACACACAGUCACUCCUCUACCUCCGUUGGCUCCCCUCCUGCCCCCUGCCCUCUCUGCCCUACCACCUCCUUCGUCCCUGCCUCUGUCCCUCUGUCACUGUCACUUUGGUUCUCUCUCUCUCUCUCUUCCUGCUCUGUCUAGUCAAAGCCACCCUGCUUCCAACCCAGACAACCUCCACACCACUCUCAUGACAGGCCAGAUCCCACAUCCCAGGCUCCAGGCAAAGGGCCUGCAGGAUUCACCAAGGACGCUGGGACAACACUGACUCAGACCCUUGUCCAAGAGCAGGUGUAGACAGGGCCCACCCUGCCUGCUGGCACUGCCUGGGCCACCCUCCCUGGCUCAAGCCACAAGGCUGAGGCAGGCUCAGUCGAUGGCCCAGACCUUUGCAAACCAGGUGGCCACCGGGCCCCUGGAAGAGAAGCAGGGCCCUGAUCCCGCGGAGGUGAUGCUGCAGUGGGAGCGGUCAGCACACAAGUGAUAAGAUGCAGAUAAAGCUCGGCAGGUGAGCCCAGGCCACAGGCAGGAUCCGUCGUGCGGGAACAAAGCGGAGCACGCUGGGAGUGGAGGCUCCGAGGCUCAAGCAUAAAAAGCCAACUUGCUCAUGAGAAGGGAAAAAGAUCAGGGGAAACCUGGGCUCCCCGACAUCAUGUUUUGACAGUCCUCGACCCUGACUUUGCUCUCCUGGCGUUCUUCUCCACUGGCUCCACUGGCGCCCCCUGCAGGCUGAUCUGGGAGGUGGAGGCUUCAGCACGGGGCAGACAUCACCAUGGCUCUCCUGAUUCACCUCCUGGUCUGCACCUUCGGGAUGGGCUCCUGGGUGGCCAUCAACGGGCUGUGGGUGGAGCUGCCCCUGCUGGUGGCGGAGCUGCCCGAGGGGUGGUAUCUUCCCUCCUACCUCACAGUGGUCAUCCAACUGGCCAACGUCGGCCCCCUCCUGGUCACGCUGCUCCAUCACUUCCAGCCUGGCUGCCUCUCGGAGGUGCCCAUCAUCUUCGCCGUGCUGGCUGUGGGCACCCUCGCCUGCACGCUCUUCGCCUUCCUCUGGAAUGUCACCUCCUGGGUGCUGGAUGGCCACCACAGCGUCGCCUUCAUGGUCCUCACCUUCCUCCUGGCCCUGGUGGACUGCACCUCUUCGGUCACCUUCCUGCCUUUCAUGAGCCGGCUGUCCGCCCGCUACCUCACCACCUUCUUUGUGGGUGAAGGACUCAGCGGCCUCCUGCCUGCCCUGGUGGCUCUUGCCCAGGGCUCAGGUCUCACCACCUGUGUCAAUGUCACUCAGCCGUCAGACACCACCCCAAGCACUGAGACCACCGGGAAAGAGGUCUUCCUACAGGAAGCUAAUGUCACCUUGAUGUCUGACCUGACCGGGACGACACAGUCUGCCGUCCAUCUGGAAAGCCGCUACCUCCCAGCCAACUUCUCGCCCUUGGUCUUCUUCCUCCUGCUCUCCUUCAUGAUGGCCUGCUGCCUCACAGCUUUCUUUGUCCUCCAGCGUCAGCCCAGGCCCAGGGAAUCUUCCAUAGAAGACCUCCUCACCUCCCAGGUCACCCUCCACUCCAUCCGGCCACGAGAAGGGGAGGACCUGGGCCCCCCAGACCCAGGGGCUUGCAUCAAGGCCCAGGGGCAUCCAGAGGAGAAAACAGACUCCAAGCACCCAGGCCAACUGGCCUUCGUCUACAUCCUGGUGGCCUUCGUGAACGCACUCACCAACGGCGUGCUGCCCUCCGUGCAGACCUACUCCUGCCUCUCCUAUGGGCCUGUGGCCUAUCACCUGUCUGCCACCCUCAGCUCCAUGGCCAACCCUCUUGUCUGCUUCCUCUCCAUGUUUCUGCAGCUCAGGUCUCUGCCAUUCCUGGGGAUCCUCACCAUGCUGGGGACUGGCUUCGGGGCCUACAACAUGGCCAUGGCUGUGAUGAGUCCCUGCCCUCUUAUGCAGGGCCACUGGGCUGGGGAAGUCCUCAUUGUAGCCUCGUGGGUGCUGUUCAUUGGCUGUCUGAGCUACGUCAAGGUGAUGCUGGGCGUGAUCCUACGCGACCGCAGCCGCAGCGCCCUCUUGUGGUGCGGGGCGGCGGUGCAGCUGGGCUCCCUGCUCGGAGCUCUGCUCAUGUUCCCGCUGGUCAACGUGUUGAGGCUCUUCUCCUCGGCUGACUUCUGCAGCCUGCAGUGCUCCGCCUAGAACACCUGGCGAGGUCCAGGACAGGGUCCUGACCCGCUGCCAUUACUAACACCUGGAAACUUGAGCAGGGCACGUGCCCAAGGCCACACGGCAAGGGGCGGAGAGCUAGGAAGCAGAGGCUGGGUACAUCCUCAGGCACGGUGGAGAACGCCGCAAGACCUCCCACGGGACCUGGAACUGCAAAGCACAGCCCUACCCCGGGGCUGAGUCACAGUGCCUGCAAUCCCAUUGCAGAGCUCUUUCCGACUGUUGAGAGAGAGCUGGUUUGCAGCCCCAGCUGGAGGCAGGCUCAAGGGUGUCAGAAGGGAGACCGCUGAGAGGGUGAGCAGCCCUCACAGACUGUAUGACCUUGGGGAAGUCACUUAUUUCUCUGUGCCUUCCUAAAAUGGGGAUUAUGAUAAAUAGCGCCUACCUCAUAGGCUUAGCACAGGGAUAAAGGGGAGAAGCGCCCAGGACAUAGCAAGCCCUCUUGGGCCAUUUCCUGAUCUGAUGCCCAACAGAAAUAACAAGGGACAAUUUACACAACCUGGAAGUGGCCAGGGUGGUUGAGAGAGGACCCUUGCCCCGUUUCCUUUCUCCCACCCUCCUCAAAGAGAAGCUUCUGGGACCCUGGUGGAACCAUGGGAACCCUGACUCCUCAGUUCCCAGUAUGGAUAGACGUUCUACCCCACACACCCCAUCCUGUCACCCCUCCUGACCCACGAAGUCCUGCUCCUUGGAAAGUGAGUAACCUCCUGGGAGGCAGAGAGGUGGCGGGCGGGGUGGCGCGCUAUAGCAAACCUCGCAAAGUGAGUCCCAUCCCCUCUCCCACUCCCUAGGGCCAGGAUUGGACCCUGAGGACCCUGGGAAGUCUGGGAAGGAGUGCAUUCACUACCCGACUUUUACUUUGUUCUCUUUUUUUUUCUUUUAGACAUUCCCUGCUUUUACACUAAGAUCAGCCCUCCCACAAAAAAGUCUAACAUGAACCCCAAAGUCAGUAUCAUCAGUCUUCAGUUAGUUCUAAGGUCAAGGCUAAGCUCAGAAAUGAACAGGUAUCAAGUGUUCAGAGAACGUCUGGUCCUGGGACUUCUUUUCUUCAGUGUUUGGUUUGCUUGCCACCAGCCCUCCUUUUAAUUUAUUUUGAAGAGAUAGUGUAGUCGCAUGUUUCAAAAAUCAGAAAAUAUAAAAUGAUGUUCUGCAAAAAAAAUUCCUUCUCUCCUGUCCUCCAUCUGCCCAGUUCCUCUCAACACACACAGAUACGCACACAUAGACACGUACACACACACAAGGACUUUUAUCAGUUUCUUGUUCACUCUUGGAGAGAUUAUGCAAGCACAAACACAGGCUCUUUUUACCAAACUACUGUGUACCUUGCACUUUCACUCAACAAUGAAAGCAGAGAGAGGGUUCUGGAUCUUUGUCAUGACCACAUAGUAUUCCAUGGUGGGGAGCUACCAAGUUUAUGCAACCAGUCUCUGGUAGA